AAGGGGCGGGGUUUCGUUGCGCCGCGCGCAAGGCUGGGGCAAAACCCGGCCCGGGAUAGGGCGUGGGGCAGCGCGUCGGGACGUCCCUCGCGUCGGGCCCGACGGCGCGUGCGCGUUGCGCGGCCGGCGGGGCGGCUGGGGGGCGGGGCGGGGGCAAGUGAGGCCUCUUUGCCUCAUUGUCCCCUAGCGACGCCCGGACAUCGCGCAGGUCGCCGGCAGCAUGAAGAUCUGGACUUCGGAGCACGUCUUUGACCACCCAUGGGAAACAGUUACAACAGCUGCAAUGCAGAAAUACCCAAACCCUAUGAACCCAAGUGUGGUUGGAGUUGAUGUAUUGGACAGACAUAUAGAUCCCUCUGGAAAGCUGCACAGCCAUAGACUUCUCAGCACAGAGUGGGGACUGCCUUCCAUUGUGAAAUCUCUUAUUGGUGCAGCAAGAACCAAAACAUAUGUGCAAGAACAUUCUGUAGUUGAUCCUGUAGAAAAAACAAUGGAACUUAAAUCUACUAAUAUUUCAUUUACAAAUAUGGUUUCAGUAGACGAGAGACUUGUAUACAAACCACAUCCUCAGGACCCAGAAAAGACAGUUUUGACUCAAGAAGCCAUAAUCACUGUGAAGGGCGUCAGCCUCAGCAGUUACCUUGAAGGACUGAUGGCAAGUACGAUAUCUUCAAAUGCUAAUAAAGGCCGAGAAGCAAUGGAAUGGGUAAUACGUAAGUUAAAUGCUGAGAUUGAAGAAUUGACAGCUUCAGCAAGAGGGAGCAUCAGGACACCAAUGGCAGCAGCAGCAUUUGUAGAGAAAUGAUGAUGAAAGCUGAUAUACGACCCUCAGUCCCCCAGGUCUCUGCAAGCUGACAAGAUAUUUAUUUGUUAUUUAAAAAAUACAACAAUAUUUUAGGUAGAAUUUUUUUUAAUAAGCUAGAAAAAGGCUAUGUGACUUGUGAUCAAAACAAAGAGGUACAGGUUUUCUAAAUAAAAGGGAUCAUCUGAAAUUAGUGUUGUUUGAAAUGACCGUCUAAUUUUGAGGAUUCCAGUAUUUAUGUGAAAAUUUAAGUUUUUGAAAAGUACUUGGUAAUAGGUUUUGGCAUUUUAAAUCUCCUUAAGGUAGAAUUUUAAAGCUUUUCAUGCAUUGGAACUCUACCUGGCUUUGGACCAACCCCAGAACAAAGCAGAGCCUCCUCUUAAAUACACACAGUUGCCCUGCUGCGGGAAACUUCAGGAGCUUGCAUGAGGAACUCACUUUUUUAAAAGAAGAGAUUGUAUAGUUUUAAAAGACAUUAAUUUGUAUAAAAUAACUUGCUCUGCUAUAAACCACCAUUAAAAACCAGUGUUUUAAUUUGGUACUUAAAUGACAUUUUUGGAGUGAAAAUUAUCACUAAUGUAUGACUUCAACAAAAAUAUGAUUUUAUUGUAUCAAAGAGUACUGUAUUGAUUUGCCAAAGUUUUAUAACUUAGUAAAGGUAUUACCUUCCUUGGAUUUGUACUUUAUGACUUAGUAUGCUGUACCGUGGGUUGGUUAUAUUAACUGAAAAAAUAAAGUCAUUACCGGAAUUUUGCAGCAUUCUAAACUUAAACAGAAGAACAGCUGUUCACAUCUUUUAGCAUUUCACAUUUGCCUAACUUAUAAAUUGCCAUGUGUCAAAAUCAUGGUUCUGUAAUUGCUAAAGCAUGAUAUGUCAGGUUAUUUGAAUAUAAUUAGUUUUUGAAGUAAUUGUGACCACAAAACAUCUUUUUUACAUGAAGAGCUGUACAUCAUUUGAAAUUACUCAAAUGACGUCUUGAUCUGAAGCAUAAAUCCCAGGUACUUAAUGUUUUUAAUGAUGUGCCGCUGCGGGAGUGGGGGCCGUGGUGGGG